GCUGAGCAGUUCUACACGGAGAAAACACAACACGUUGUUUCAUUGUUCUUCAAGUCUCUCAAUAAACUAUCGGGUAAAGCGAUUUUUAUAUCUUCUGGACACAAUUCAGUUUGAAACAUUUACGAAAAUUAGAUUUGGCAAAUAAUUACCCCUACGAGGCCUCAAACUUUAUGAAAAACACCAUGUGAAAUCUUCUCCAAUUGUUAUGGAAUCCUUCUUCAAAUCCUUCUCUAGUGAAGUCGGAAAUUAACACAUAGGGAGAAAACCCAUCCUGAGAUGCUUAUAUGUCUACAUACUCUCCAAAUUCCACCAGACAAACGUCGUUAUGUACGAGGUAAUCCGAGAAGUAAAAAAAUUAGACCUGCCCUCCGAUACAAUAAAAAGAAGAUUUUUGCCAAUCGGAGAAGAAUGAAAAGAUUGGAGCAAAUACGCAUCUUACAGAAUACACUUUUGAAUUGUGCAAGAGAACAAUGUAAUGCGAAAACUGUUGAACGAGACCUAGAUGGCAGGAUGAAUUCUCCUGAAAAAUUUGAGAAUCGAAGUAUUUUUUUUAAGAUUCCUCCUGGAGGAAUCAAACAAGAGCCAGAAGAUUAUGAUGACACUGGAAACUUUCUGACGGUUUACCAACCAGAAGUCAAACUAGAACCCGAAGACUCUGAGGAGACAUCUGAGGGAAACAGCGUUCAUCGCUCGAGGAUUGAGCCUCAUGGAAUUGGAUUAGAACAAAAAUCACACGAAAGACAAGAUUCCCAUGAAAUAUAUAAAAAGGGCGACAAUUGUUUGAUGGUGCAGCAACAGGGAAUCAAACAAGAACAAGAUCUAGAUGAAAGAACAGAUUCUCCUGAAAAAUUCACAGAAAAAAGUGGAAAUUUUCUGACGGUUUACCAGCAAGAAAUCAAACAAGAACGAGAAGGUCCUGAUGAGAUAUGUACAGAGAGAAACGGAAAUUUUUUGACGAUUUACCAGCAAGCAUUCAAACAAGAACCAGACGAUUCUGAUGAGAUUUGUGCAAACAAAUACGGAAAUUUUGGGUCUGAAUAUCAGCGAGAAGUCACAGAAAAUGAAGAAUAUUCUGACAAAAUAUCUCAAGAAAGAAGUGAAUAUUGUUCGAGGGUUCAGCAAUUGGAAUUUAUACAGGAACGAGACCGUGGAAAAUGCAAAGCGUUAUUCAGAAAACCUGCAGAACGGCGAUAUCUUCCACCAACUACACCCGGUGGGCGGAGACGAUUAGUACGUUCUGUUAGACGACACAGUCGUAAAAAAAUUUUUCGCAAUAAGAGGCGAAUGAAGGCAUUGGAACAGGCUCGUAUUGCAGACGUUGGACUUUUGAACGACGUAUCUGCGACGGAAGAUAGUACUGCAGAAACGUUCGAAAAUGUUUCAACGGUUCAGAUGCAAGGAAUUGAAAAAACACUGAGGCUAACUGGAGAAGAAGAUUUUGAUAAAAUAUUUGAAAAGGAGAGCCUGUCCGAAGACGUUGAGGAACUUAGCCAGCUACCGAUUGAAUUUCAGCUACUAAACAAGAUACUGCAUACAAUAGAUGAUCCGCCCGAGAUUGAAAUUCUGGAUUUUUAAGUCAAAAAAAUACUGAAGAUGGCAGCACCUGCUGAAGAGGUCUCGGUGAAUGUGAAAGCUACGAGCGCGGGAAAAAAACAUUGUUAACAUUAAAGUUUAUCUCAAAAGCUUCAUAGCUACCAAAUAAAGAAUAUUUUUACUGA